GUUUUUAGAUUUCAAUAAAAAUAUUGUCAGUAUGAAAUGAAUUCGCGCCUUGAAAUGGAUGCGCAAGACAGGUCGAUACUGCAGUGGCGAUUUUACCGACCGAAGUCUAUGGCGUCUAAGAGUAUGCCGUGCGACAUGCAGGAAUUUUUUCGGUACGAAUAAAUUUCUCAAAUAAUGACCACCGCGCCUUGAAGUAUUUCGUAUUCUGUCUAUCAAAGAGGACACGUCGAACAAGAGAAACGGUAGAUUCAGUGCAAUUUACCGCGAACGAAGUUCAAGUCUCCUUCCGCGUCGUAAAUUUCCGUUUUUACUCAAUGAUUAGUGACAGAUCUGACUGUUUCCAUCGAGCUCUGUAUCACGGAGUUACACUUUUGGUAAAUGGGAGAGGGGAGGAUUUAUGAUGACUCACAAAAUAACUGCAAUUUGAAGAGCAGCCACGGUGUGUUAACAACCAACUUCUCGCGUUUACCAUCGAUCGUAGUCGAUUGCAGCAGGGGAUUGCCGUGGUGAAGUCUGCGAGGUCAAUUUUUGAUAUUCUGUUCGCGAGGCGGCGCGCGUUUUAUCGUGAAUAACGGACCUAACGGAUUCAGCGGAAUUACUGAACUUAUGUUGGUGAAAUACGGACAGCCACUAAGCGUGCACCUCGAGUUUCACCGCGGGUGACAGUUCCCCACCGGUAUUAUCGUCAUUGUUGUUUCACAUAACCUCAAAGUGAUCGUGUAAAGCCGAGGAAAUUUUCGCUGAGUGAAGAAUGAAUCCGGGUGGAGACGGAAGCGGGGACGGGAACAUAGAACGAUACGGAGUCGGACGUGGCCGUGGUCGAGGGCCUUGGACCUCUAACCCGCAAGAAAGUGCUAUGUUGAGGAGACCUCAUCACUCUACAUCUGGAGUGCAAACAGGAUCAAUGGAUCAAAGGAAUACAGAACAAAACAAAUUCGACAAAUCGUUUGACGAUAUUAUACAGAAUUCCACACUGUCAGUUUAUGCAGCUGAAUUUGUCCCAAAAUCAUAUUCUGUUAAACAACCACAUCAUCAUCAUCAACCUCAUCCGAGAUAUCCAAAACAUUCAGUUCAAGAUAGGUUACAAGUGGCGCGUGAGAUACCCCUCCAAGUGCAAAUGAUGCAACAAAAUCCUGAUCAGAACAUAGAAGAUGAUAAUUAUUUAAUUGAAUUUGCAAACAUAACGCAGAAUUUAAUGAGUGUUAUACAUUCAUUGAUAUUAAAUCCAGGUCAUUUCACUUUAAUCGUGCCACCACUUAUUAAUAACCUUAGGCCUUAUUUAGGAUUUCCUAGUCAGUUUCAAGAAAUUAUAAAAAUGAUAAUUCAGCAGUCCAUAAACGAGGGUAAUUUUCGGUACAGUGGUGCUCGACUUUGCGCCUCUUUAGACAGCAGUUUAACUCCUAUAGAACAGACAUCUUUCAGAUGGACUUUGUAUACUCUGUGUAAAAAUGAAACAGAUAGUCAAGCUUCUAAUUGGCAGCAAAAGGAGGAUCACACAGAAGAAGAGCAGAAAAAAUGUCAUGGUUUGAUAUUACUUUUAGCUGAACUAGUUACUCAAAUGGAACAAACUUCUGCUUUUACUUUAGGAGACUUAUUAAUUCAGCUUAUUAUUAUUGUACUAAACAAACCCGCGCCAAAUUCUGUCAAGAAUAUCUGUCAAGCCCUUAAGUUGGCAGGACAAACUUUGGAAAAAGAUAAGGGUGAUUGUCGACGUAAAGAGAUGGAAAAUAUGAUGCGAGCUUUGACAGAACUUGUGACAGAAGGUAGAGUGGAUUCACAUGUAGGAUACAUGGUUCAUAGUGUCCACGAGUUAAGAAAUGGAAAUUGGGGACAAAGUUCUAACAAUUCUGUGACGGUGGAAUCGACAGUGGAACUAUUAGAUCCCAAUCAGGCUAUCGACGAACCAGUUUUAUAUGGUCCUGACGGCAAAGUAUUAACUCCGGAGGAAAAUAAAUUCUUGGAACAAGUUCCCGAUAGUACAACGAAUAUCGAGGACCAUAUUAUAUCGGAACAGGGAUAUGAAGGCGAAGAGACAUGGAUGUCAGAGGACGACGACAUAGAUGCAGCUUACGAAGAGUUUUUAAAGAAUAUUCCGAAGCAAAUUAAAAACCAGACACAGAAAUAAUCGGGGACGCGCAUAAUGAUUGCCUACUAUAUCGUGUAAUUUCGCCUCAUAGUUGGAAACUAUGAGAGUGGUUUCCUAAAUUUCGUUUGCAAAUUUUUAUAAUGUAAAACGAAAUGCAGACUAAAUUGAACGGUAUGCCGGAAGUUUUUGCAUUUGUACAAUAGAUAAUCCAAUGAAAUAGUUUUUGUCGUUAAUUAACAAAUAUAUUUGAGAAAGCAAUUUUGUGGAGCCAUCUAAUUUGUUUUUAUCUAGCUGGUACGUUACUUUUAUCAUGCACACAGUUUUUAAAAUUUAAUAAUGAAAAAAUAUCACAGAAGUUUGUUCCUAGAAUGAAAAACAACAUGAUCUAUUUGUCUAUGAUAUAGAAAUUUAUUAUUAAAUUAUUUAAAUUAUUGUAAUAAAUCAGCCGAACAAAUAAGGUAAAAUAUUAUGUUGUCUUUUCAUCAUUUUACGAUUAUUGUUAAGUCUAUUACAAUUGUUGUCAAGAAUCGAAAAGUUUUGAUACCUUUAAUUAGCUUUUUUGCAGGUGUCAUAAUUUGCCAGAUUGAUUGUGCUCUCUGUUCGUUUGUACAAACAAGUCUUAUAAAUUUUUCGCAGUUUUAUAAAUUUUAAGUAAUUUUUAAUUUUGAGAUUUCGAUCCUUUUGUUUUACUUAAUUUUUAAAUACAGUUACGCAUAUGACGACCAUUCCGCCGAUGAUCAUCAUAGCGCGCACGUGAAACCAUCGUCACUGACAGGUCCAUUUUUGGCGCGAAAGGAUGAUUGCCCAUCGAAUAAUAGAUUACUCACGCUCUCUGUAUUAAAUUUGUAACCGGUACUUUUUCCAAAUAUAUUUGAAAAUCCCGUCAUCGGGUCUACAUUCCGACCAGCAAAAGAAUCAAUCUAUGAAAAAAAAAAAAUAGUUCUAUCACUAUGUAAGUAUAUAUCAUUUCAAACUCGAUCGCGAUUUCUUAGGAUGUUAUUUAUUAAUUUAUACGAUCGAUAUAUUAAUAUUUAAUUAGAAAACAAAUUUUUGUAACAAGANNUAUAUAUAUAUAUAUAUAUCUUAUGUACCAAUAAAAAUAAACAAGAAAUACAUCAUUUUUAUUGGGACAAAAAUUAAAUCAUCGUUGACUGUUUUUCUUCUAUCUUGCUAAUUAGCAAAGUAAUUAUAUUCCGAUCAUAUUGCAUGAACUUGGAAUAUUUUUUGUACUUGCUCGAGGAUAAAUGAUUUUCUCGGACAGUUGACAUUGGGAGUCCAGUGUAGUGAACAGCGUAGGCGAGGCCCAUGGAAGGAUCGUCAGGGACACGUGUAGGCAAAAUUUAAAGUGGAACUGUGAAGGUUGCAAGAGGCGGGGAUUUUCUUAUACUCAGACUUACAUUCGUCUCCGCAUUCGCCGAGGAUCUCUUGAUCCAUCUAGUUCUGUCUUUGAACACGAUCAUUCUUUGUUAAGACUUUUUAAACGAUAUCUAUGGAUUUCAAAAAUUAAUCGGAUCUUUGAAAAGUUAAUGAGAACGUUUUUUCGAUUUUUCUAUUGAAAAGAUGGAAUACUCGCAGAUUACAAUUUUACUUUUUCUCUCAUUAUUGGCAAUUGCUAACGCUGGAUAUUAUUCAAGAAUUCUCUCAUUAAGCAACAUAGGUUGCGAAACUCAUACUUGUGGAGUCAAUGCAAGAUGUACACUCAGCGAAGGCAGACCAGUCUGUUCUUGCAUGAAUUUGCACAUGGGGGAUCCUCUUUCUCAUUGCGCCAGAGUGGAAUGUUUAAUUAAUGAGGAUUGUAUUGGAAGCAGAGUAUGCACUAAUAACAGGUGUGUAAAUCCCUGUGAUGGUUUGUGCGGUGUGAACGCGUUGUGUGAGGUCAGAAAUCACGUUCCGGUAUGUUAUUGUCCUACUGGAUAUAAGGGAGAUCCUUUCACUUCUUGCCGUAUAGCUGACCCUCAGGCUGCUUGUAAACCAAGUCCGUGUGGUGAUAAUACCAAAUGCGAAGUAGUGAAUGAGGUUCCCGUUUGCAGUUGCCUUCCGGGUUACAGAGGAUCUCCUUUGACCGGUUGUCGUCACGAGUGUGAGAACGACAGUGAAUGCCUGAAUCAUCUAGCCUGCUCGUCUAAUUUCAGGUGUGAAAAUCCGUGUAAAUGCGGCGAAAAUGCGGAAUGUCACGUCAUCAAUCAUCAGGCCAAAUGUAAUUGUCCAAACAACUGGUUGGGAAAUCCGUUCGUAGCUUGUCGUCCGGAAUGUACCACGCAUUCAGAGUGUCCAGGAAACAAGCCAGCUUGUUUGAAUCAAAAAUGCCUAAAUCCUUGCGAUGGAGUGUGCGGUGUGAACGCAGAUUGUAAUCUCAGAGACAUAACUCCAGUUUGCAGUUGUCCGAAGCAUAUGACUGGCAAUCCAUUUGUCAGUUGCAGAUUAUUCGAAGCACGAGAUUUGUGUGAGCCUAAUCCUUGUGGAAGCAAUGCAAUUUGCACUCCUGGCCACGACAACACUGGAAGGGAGAGGCCAGUGUGCACGUGCCCUACAGGAUACAUAGGAAACGCUCUGGUUAGCUGCCAACGUGGAGAAUGCUUUACUGACAGCGAAUGUCCAGACAAUAAGGCGUGUAUUGGUUAUUCUUGUCAAAACCCUUGUACUGGGAAAGAAUGCGGACCAUCCGCUAUUUGCGCAGCCAGACGCCAUAUUGCAGUAUGUACUUGUCCGGAUGGAACUCGCGGGGACGCUCUUUACAAUUGCAACCCAAUUGAGAGUAGAAUUGCGUACAACCGUAGCCGAGCUUAUCGGUAUCGUUAUUACUGAGGAUCACGAUUAAUCGUGAUCGACAUUGCGAGUAGUGUUUUCUGUAUAAGAUUAGCUUCCAAAGGGACAUAUAUUUAUUAACAUCAUUAACUAGUUCAACUAAAUAUACAUAUAUAUAAUUGACUAUGCAAAAUAAAUGUGACACAUUAUCAAGCUUUAUUAUUCUUUGAUUGUAAGAUAGAUCCUCGGGUAAUAUAGUUUGUUUUCGCGAUACAAAACACCGCUACCGUAGAUAAAAUUCAAAUGUAAUUUUAAAUUGAAUUCUAUACCAUAUGUACAAUAAAAAGGAAGUAAUUUUACGUGUAUAACAUUUUUCAAUCAUCUUAAAAAUAAACGUACUUGCACAUGAAA